AUGAAGAGCACAAAACCAAAAUCCAUUUACCAGUAUUGCCAACAACAUGGAUUGGAAUUCACAUCCUUGGACUACUCGGGCCAUGGUGAAACUCGGAGCAAACAAGACUGCAAUGACGAAUCUUCAAGUCACACUAUCAGUCAAUGGAUGGAAGAAGCUUUGAUAAUCCUUCAGCGUAUCACAGUCAACAACCAGCAGAUUGUGGUAGGCUCAUCCAUGGGAGCAUGGAUUGCACUACUCUUGGCAGGGCAUGAGCAACAACAGGCGCAAGCAGAGUUCAAGCCACUGCCGAGAAAGAUUUCUGGAAUACUGGGGAUUGCAUCAGGACCCGACUUUACUUCCACCUUAUCAGAACAAAUAGAAGGCAAUGCUUCUCUCAGAAAACAAAUGAGCAAUCUAGGAUACUCUGAUGUUCCCACUGACUACGAUGAAACUGGUUUCUAUCGAAUCUACCAUCACUUUCUGCAAGAUGCCAAACAGCAUUUUGUUUUGGAUAGACCAUACUUGGACUUGCACAUUCCAGUGACCUUGAUUCAUGGAAUGAAAGACAAGGAUGUACCCCAUGCAUACUCUGAAAAGUUGCUUUCCAAGCUCGACAGCCAGCAGUCAAAUGAAUUGAUCCUAGUGAAAGAUGGAGACCAUCGCCUCUCCAAACCACAUGAAGUCAAACAGAUCUUACAGGCACUAGAUGAGCUAAGGUGUCGACUGGCUGCAGCAAAAUGA